AGCAUUUAUAUACUCAACUACAAGUAUUGUAAUGUUUUGUGUUCGUCCCCAACCAUCAGAGUUUGUGUGAUUUAUAAAAGAUAAUUGAGUAUAACCAUGUCUGCUGAGCCCCCGAGUAUCCAAGGUGGCAGCAAUGUUGGAGUGUCUGUUACCCACGGUCCAUCACCAACAUGUAUGGAGUCUGUAAACAGAAUUUCAAAACUGCCAGUGGUCGAAUCUACCAUCCAAACUGCCACGAGCUUAUACGAGAAAGUUAAGGUAUAAAAAUUUAUGACUUUCACUUUAACAAGUACAUGUUUUCUCCGAGGUAAUAUCUAUAACCUUUAUAUUCAUUGUGCGUUGUAGAAAGACAAAUAUGCACUUUGUGCAUCCAAGAAACGGGUUUUGGUCGAGGUUAUAUUUUCGAGCUUUACCUUCGCCAUUAAAAAAAUAUUAUCAUAAUUACUUUACAUUCACUGGUACUCUCUACAAAACCAAAUAGGCUCAUUAAGUAAUGGAAAGAUCGGAACUUCCUUAUAUUUAUGUCAUUGCAUUGUACAAGUAUCUAGUUGAACUCCUGUACAUAUAUUAUUUAUAUAUUGUACAUCUAAGCUAGUCAUAAAGCCAAAGUCUAAACGCCAAUCUAGUCACUAUAGGAACAAAUGAUUGUAGCAGUCAAUGUUCGAUGUUUACAAAGAACGAAUGAGCUCGAAUGGGUCAACUUACAAGUGCAUUCAAGCAACGACAGACUACAAUACAGUUACUCACUGGACUCUAUCAACAGCAGAAAGUACAGUUCAGAAAGCAGUAGAAGUUGGCAAACCCAUUGCAACUCCCGUUAUCAAGAAUUUGGAAGGUCCUAUUAAGAAAGUAGAUGGAGUAUUUUGUACUGGUCUAGAUUAUGUUGAAAACAAACUACCAGUUGUCAAAAUGCCACCUAACGAAAUUCUGGAAUCAACAAAGGAAUACGUCCACAACACCGUCCAACCAGCCGUAGAUACCGCACGCAGCUAUGCCGAGCCAGCAGUCAAGCAGGCAAUGGACAUCGCUCAACCUGCCGUCAAGGCAGCUGUUGAAGCAGCGCAACCUGCCGUCGAACAAGCGAGACAUAUGGUCGAGCCACUGGUACAACCAGCGCUCGAUAAAAUGAAUGCUGUCAAAGAAAACGUACUGCACAAGGUUGAUGAGUAUCUGCAUAGAGGACAUAAUCAUGAAGGGAAUGCAGCAGAAUGUACCGAAUGUCAACGUGUCAGAGAUGAAAUGGAGAAGCAACAUAAGGAACAGACCCAGCGAGCUCAGGAGCAGUAGGAAAUCUAUUUAAAACGGUGUACUGAAAAUGUUCAAACGCGUUUAUUUUGUAAUUCUCAAAUGUUUUUUAUUCAAAUAUUUAUAGAUGUAUUUUUCUGUUAGGUAUAAGUUACAUUUAUAUAUUAUGCUCAUUUAGUUGAUAUGAAUAAAUGAUAUACAAGUUUAUUCUUUCA